AUGAAGGAGAAGAAUACCAAUUUGUUCCCUCUUCUUCUCCUCCUCCUCUCCUUCGUUUCCCUUUCCCUUGUCAACUCGUCUUCUGAUGCAGAGAUCCCACCAGCCAUUUCCAGCCAUGGAACACUCACUCAAGCCGAGGUCUCCUACCUCCGCCGGCGGCAGCUCCUGUACUACAAGGACGAGUUCGGCGACCGCGGUGAGAACGUGACGAUCCCGCCGGGCUUCGUCUUCGAGAACCCGAGGCCACCGCCGCCUCCACUCUUCUCCCCGCCGCCACCGCCAAACCAUUACUACACCGCCAACUCGCCAAAAAUCUCCCAAUCCGGCUAUGAGAAUCUCUCUGAAAGAUAA